AUGUCUUCUUCUCCUGAGGAUGAGGACUGUGUUGUGGCUGUCAAGUUCUUGGGUCCUCAGCUCAGGUUUUGUAGACCUGGUCAGAGCAUCUCCGAGUGGACAAACAUCAGAAUCGAAAACCCCUGCUUCUACUCCUCCCGAGUCAUGUUUUCCAAGAAAGAUGGCAUGUUUCGCAUUCCCGGGUCAGGAGGUCACCUCAUCGGAUCAUGGGAUCUCUGCAAACACGUAACAAAACCCACGUUACGAAGGUUCCGAUAUAAAACCUUCCCAAGCUGA